AUGGCAGACAAAGAUCCCGUAGUCUGCGUCUUUUGCGGUUCGUCCGCCGGCAAUAAACCCAGUCAUGUCGAGUCUGCGCGAGCCCUCGCCAACUCCCUGGCCGACGCGAACUACCAGGUUGUGUAUGGCGGUGGGACCAUGGGAAUCAUGGGCGAAGUUGCAAAGACUCUGGUACAGCGCAAAGGCCCAAAGUCGGUCCAUGGCAUCAUUCCACGAGCCUUGAUUCGCACAGAGAAAGAUGGCACACUACGGAACGGUGAAGCGCAGCCAGAGCCUGAAACCAAGCCCAAGAUCGAGCGAUCAAUGACCAGCGAGGAACUGGAGCGCAUCACUUCCAACACAUCUCAAGAAGACCCUGAUAAGAAGAUCGUGCCCGAAAAUAAGUUCGGGGCAACCACAAUCGUACCAGACAUGCACACCCGCAAGCGAAUGAUGGCUGCUUCGGUCGAGGCAGGCGGAGCAGGUUCAGGCUUUGUUGCGCUGGCCGGAGGUUACGGAACCUUGGAGGAGGUCAUGGAGAUGGUGACUUGGAACCAGCUGGGCAUCCAUAGGCUACCCGUCAUCCUCGUCAACAUUGAUGGAUACUGGGAUGGCCUGCUCGAUUGGGUCAAGAACAGCAUUCGCGAAGGCUUCGUGGGCGAGAGUAAUGCCGACAUCUUGGUCGAGGUGAAGCGUGCCGAAGAUGUUGUCGAGGCUCUGAGAGACUACAAAGUCGCGGAAGGGAGGUUCAAAUUAGACUGGUCCAGGACGUAG